AUGACUUUCUUUCAGAAAAAGGCUGCUAAACAAGAUGCUGCAAGAAUAGCAUUGGAGAGCCUGAAGGAAAAGAUUAAAGAUGAUAGAUGCCCUCUUGUUGUCGAGGACAUUUUGAUUUCCAAGUCUAUCAUGAAUGAAUGUGCCACAAAGCUAAAUGUAGAAGGGCCUACUUAUAAUACUGUUCUGCUAGAAGGGUUGCUUCCUCGUUUUAUGUUUUUUGUGAUCUUCAAUGGUACAAAGUACGCUAGUGUUAUCAGAAAAAAUAAACAAGAGGCCGAGCCGUUAGCAGCACGUGCUGCUAUUCUUUCAGAUCAUAAAGAUAAAGAGGUUCCUAUGGCCACUAAUAACGGUGAGAAAAGAAUUGAUGUUGUUUUUGCAUCGUCCAAUACGCUUUCAUCAUCUCAAGAGCUUCAGAUUCCUACACAUGUACCAUGUGCUGAGGGCCCUUUUCCUCCAAAAAAUUUCUCUCUUCAGCCAGGAGGUUCAGAAUUGGGUCAGCUGGCUACUGGUGAUACUUCCAGUUCCAGUUCAAAGAGGCAAAAGAACAAGAAGAAGUCAAAUAACAGGGCUCGGUUGGAAUCCAUGUAA